GCCGGGCCUCGCCCGUCUCAGCCCGCGGCCGGCGCGGAGCGGUGGCACCCGGCGAGCGAGCGAGACCCUGCGUGCCCUCGCUGGCUGCCGCAGCCCCGCCAUGGGGGCCGGCGGCGAGCGCUGGGCGCUGUGGCUGUGGGUGCUGUGGCUGUGGGUGCCCGCGCGGUGCGGCGCUGCCAUGGACGAGUGCGCGGAGGAGCGGAGCGGGCGGGCGCAGCGCUGCAUGCCCGAGUUCGUGAACGCGGCGUUCAACGCGACGGUGCUGGCCACGCACACGUGCGGGACGCCGGCCGAGGAGUACUGCGUGCAGACCGGGGUCACCGGCGUCACCCAGUCCUGCCACCUCUGCGACGCCGCCCAGCCGCACCUGAGCCAUGGCGCCGCCUUCCUCACCGACUACAACAGCCCGGCCGACGCGACCUGGUGGCAGAGCCGCACCAUGCUGGCCGGCGUGCAGCACCCCACCGCCGUCAACCUCACCCUGCACCUCGGAAAAGCCUUUGACAUCACGUACGUGCGCCUCAAGUUCCACACGAGCCGGCCCGAGAGCUUUGCCAUCUACAAGCGCACAAAGGAGGACGGCCCUUGGGUGCCCUACCAGUACUACAGUGGGUCCUGUGAGAGCACCUACCACAAAAUCAACCGUGGCUUCAUCCGCACUGGCGAGGACGAGCAGCAGGCGCUCUGCACCGAUGAGUUCAGCGACAUCUCCCCUCUCACCGGAGGCAAUGUGGCCUUCUCAACGCUGGAGGGGCGGCCCAGUGCCUACAACUUUGACAACAGCCCUGUGCUGCAGGAAUGGGUGACAGCUACAGAUAUUAGAGUGACCCUCAACCGUCUGAACACAUUUGGAGAUGAAGUUUUCAAUGACCCAAAAGUUCUCAAGUCUUACUACUAUGCAAUUUCUGAUUUUGCUGUGGGUGGUAGGUGCAAAUGCAACGGGCACGCGAGUGAGUGUGUGAAGAAUGAGCUUGGGAAGCUGGUCUGCAACUGCAAGCACAACACCUUCGGGGUGGACUGUGAAAAGUGCCUUCCCUUCUUCAACGACCGCCCGUGGAGGAGAGCGACGGCGGAGAGUGCCAACGAGUGCCUGCCGUGCGACUGCAACGGGCGGUCCCAGGAGUGCUACUUCGACCCCGAGCUGUACCGCGCCACGGGCCACGGCGGCCACUGCACGGCCUGUGCCGGCAACACCGACGGGCCCCGCUGUGAGCGCUGCCGGGACAGCUUCUACCGCCUGGCCAGCGACCAGGGCUGUCUGCCCUGCAGCUGCAACCCCGUCGGCUCCCUCAGCACGCAGUGCGACAGCUAUGGCCAGUGCAGCUGCAAGCCUGGUGUGAUGGGGGACAAGUGUGACCGGUGCCAGCCAGGGUUCCACUCCCUCUCCGAAGCUGGGUGCAGGCCCUGUUCUUGCAAUGCUGCUGGCAGCACAGGGGAGUGCAACGUGGAGACAGGGCGGUGUGCGUGCAAGGACAAUGUGGAAGGAUUCCACUGUGAGAGAUGCAAACCUGGAUUUUUCCAUCUGGAUUCCUCCAAUCCAAGAGGCUGUACUCCCUGCUUCUGUUUUGGACACUCUUCAGUCUGCACCAGUGCUGUGGGCUACAGCAUCUAUAGCAUCACGUCCAACUUUGAGUUUGGAGAGGAUGAGUGGCAUGCUGAGCAGCGUGAUGGCUCAGAAGUCUUGCUGCAGUGGAGUGCUGAGACCCAGGACAUCUCCGUUAUCUCAGACACCUACUUCCCCAUGUACUUCGUUGCACCACGCAAGUUCUUGGGCAACCAGGUUUUGAGUUACGGGCAAAACCUGACCUUCUCCUUCCGUGUGGACAGGCGAGACACGCGCCUCUCUGCAGAGGACCUGGUGCUGGAGGGGGCUGGGCUGAGAGUGUCGGUGCCUCUCAUUGCCCAGGGCAACUCCUACCCCAGUGAGAAUGUGCAGACCUACACCUUCAGGCUCCAUGAGGCUGCAGAUUACCCGUGGAGGCCUGCUCUUACAGCAUUUGAAUUCCAAAAGCUUCUGCACAACUUGACUUCCAUCAAGAUCCGUGGGACAUACAGUGAGAGAAGUGCCGGCCACCUGGACGAUGUCACCAUCACGAGUGCUCGCCCCGGACCCGGCGUGCCUGUGGCCUGGGUGGAGAGCUGCUCGUGUCCCGUGGGAUACGAGGGGCAGUUCUGUGAGCGCUGCACCUCUGGGUACCGCCGGGAGACCCCAGGCCUCGGGCCCUACAGCCCCUGCGUGCCCUGCGCGUGCAACGGGCACAGCGAGACCUGUGAUCCCGAGACGGGCAUGUGCAAUUGCAGGGAUAACACGGCGGGGACGCACUGUGAGAAGUGCAGCGAUGGGUAUUACGGCGAUGCCACAGCCGGCACAGCCUCGGACUGCCAGCCCUGCCCGUGCCCAGGCACCUCGAGCUGUGCCAUUGUGCCCCGCACCAAGGAGGUCGUGUGCACCAGCUGCCAGGCUGGCACUACAGGCAAGAGGUGUGAGCUGUGUGAUGAUGCCUAUUUCGGAGACCCACUGGGCAGAAAUGGUGCUGUGAGGCCCUGCCGCCUGUGCCAGUGCAACAACAACAUUGACCCCAAUGCCGUGGGCAACUGCGACCGCCAGACCGGAGAGUGCCUCAAGUGCAUCUACAACACCGCCGGCUUCUACUGUGACCGCUGCAAGGAUGGCUUCUUCGGGAACCCCCUGGCCUCUGACCCCGCUGACAAGUGCAGAGCUUGUCACUGCAAUCCCUACGGCACAGUGAAUCAGCAGACAAUCUGCAAUCAAGUGACUGGGCAGUGUGAGUGCUUGUCUCACGUCACUGGGAGGGACUGCAGUGCCUGUGAGCCUGGAUUCUUCAACCUCCAGAGUGGACGUGGCUGUGAGAGGUGCAACUGCCACGCGCUGGGCUCCACCAGCGGGCAGUGUGACAUCCGGACGGGGCAGUGCGAGUGCCAGCCAGGCGUCACCGGCCAGCAGUGUGACAGCUGUGAGAGCAACCACUUCGGCUUUGGCUCUGAAGGCUGCAAACCCUGCGACUGUGAUCCUGAGGGCUCGCGGUCCCUGCAGUGCCGGGAGAACGGUCACUGCGAGUGCAAGGAGGGCUUCGUGGGGAGCCGCUGCAACCAGUGUGAGGAGAACUAUUUCUACAACCGCUCGUGGCCAGGCUGCCAGGAGUGUCCAGCCUGUUACAGACUAGUGAAAGAUAAGGUGGCAGAGCAACGUCAAAGGCUGCAGGAGUUGGAAAAUCUUAUAGCAAAUCUGGGUACCAGAGAAGAAACUGUAACUGAUGAAGCCUUCGAAGAGCGGUUGAAGCAGGCAGAGAGAGAAGUUACAGAGCUGCUCCAUGAAGCACAAAAGAGCAAAGACGUAGAUCAGGGCCUCAUGGAUCGUCUCAAAGACAUCAACAGCACCUUAGUGAGUCAGCUCAACAGGCUGAGGAACAUCCAGGGCACAGUGCAGGAGACGGAGAGCCUGGCGGAGCAGGCCCGGGUGCGGGUGGAGGACACGGAGGACCUGAUCAGCAUGGCUUCUGACAUGCUGGAGAAGGCCAAGAUGGCAGCUGACAACGUGUCCAUUACACCUCCAGAGCAAAGCGGGGACCCCAACAACAUGACUCUGCUGGCAGAAGAGGCCCGUAAGCUGGCAGAAAGGCAUAAAAAGGAAGCUGAUGAGAUUGUUCGCACAGCCAAGGCUGCAAAUGAUACUUCCACGGAAGCGUAUCAACUGCUGCUGAAGACGCUGGCUGGAGAAAACCAAACUGCAAUUGAUAUUGAUGAGCUCAAUCAGAAGUACAAUCAAGCAAGGAAUAUUUCUCGAGACCUAGAGAAACAGGCCAACAAGGUGCUUGCGGAGGCAGAGGAAGCUGGAAACAGAGCCCUGCAGAUAUAUGCUAAUCUCACCAGCCUGCCUACUGUGGAUUCCACGGGGCUAGAGAAUAAAGCAAAUAAGAUCAAGAAGGAAGCAGAGGAGCUGGAUCAACUAAUUGCCAGGAAGCUAAAGGAUUACGAGGACUUGAGAGAAGAUAUGAAAGGAAAGGAGCUAGAAGUAAAGAACCUCUUGGAGAAAGGGAAGACAGAGCAGCAGACUGCAGACCAGCUGUUGGCACGAGCAGAUGCAGCAAAAGCCCUGGCUGAAGAAGCUGCUCGGAAGAGCAGUGGCACGCUACAGGAGGCCAAUACCAUUCUCAGGAACCUGAAAGACUUUGACAGGCGGGUGAACGAUAACAAGACAGCAGCCGAGGAGGCACUGAAGAAGAUCCCUGCCAUCAGCCAGACCAUUGCAGAGGCCAACAACAAGACUCACCAGGCAGAGCUGGCACUGGGCAACGCUGCUGCUGAUGCCCGUGAGGCCAAGGCCAGAGCAGAUGAUGCUGAGAAGAUUGCCAGCUCUGUUCAGAAGAGUGCUGCUGCUACCAGAGCCGAAGCCGACAAGACCUUUGCUGAUGUGACAGGACUGGCCAGGGAAGUGGAUGACAUGAUGAAGCAGCUGCAGGAUGCAGAAAAGGAGCUGAAGCGGAAGCAGGCCGAUGCUGAGCAGGAUAUGAAGAUGGCAAAUGAGGCCUCACAGGCUGCCCAGGAGGCAGAAGACAAUGCAAGAAAAGCUAAGAACUCCGUGAACAGCCUGCUCACUGUCAUUAAUGACCUGUUGGAUCAGCUAGGGCAACUGGAGACAGUGGACUUGAACAAACUGAAUGAAAUUGAAGGUACCCUGAACAGUGCCAAAGAUCAGAUGAAAGACAGUGACCUGGACCAGAAAGUGUCUUUCCUUGAGAGAGAAGCCAAGAAGCAAGAUGAUGCGAUACAGGCCUACAACAGGGACAUUGAAGAGAUCCUGAAGGACAUUAGCAACCUGGAAGACAUCAGGAAGACUCUGCCAUCUGGCUGUUUCAACACCCCGUCCAUUGAGAAACCCUAAGGGUGCGCUGGGGGUGGGGGGAAUCGCCCUGGUGAGUGGUGGUUCAGCCAUGGAGUGCCUUAACACACGUUACCUUCUCCAAAUCCCCAACUCUUCGCUGCUCGCAGCCACUGUUUCCUUUCACAUCAGGAUAAGUUGAAAGUUUUUUUUUUUUUUUUUGUUGGUUUGGUUUUUUUUCCCCUUGGUUUUUUGUUUUGUUUGUUUUGUUUGGGUUUUUUUGGGGUUUUUUUAUUUGUUUGUUUCUUUGGGGUUUUUUUUGAGAAGCAAAUUAAAUAUCCGUCUUUGGGCAUCAAAGGGGUUUUUUAUAUAGAUUGUUUUCCUGAGCACUCCACAUUUGCCCCUUCCUCAGACACAGUUUCCCUUUGAUUAGUGCAAGGAUGAGAGAUGCUCUGGACUCUUUAUACUGUGGUUCAGAAAUAACCAUGUGAGCUGUAUACAGCAAGGCAAAACUAACACAACUUUCUCUCCUGUCUUCUCCCUUUGACUGUAAAAUCCUCAGUCCUGGAGCUCUUUGUCCCUGUGAAGGAAGGGGAUGGCUACCAAAGUAUUACUGUAAUGGCCAGUAUAGCUGCACUCAAUUCAGAUCUUUCUUCCCAACUUCUAACCCUGUGAAUUUAUUUUUUUUCAUCAUUAUGUAGUGGCCAAUCCAACAGUGUUGGUAGCCUUUGGCAAAAUAGUUGAAGCCUCUUUCUGAAAUGCUUUCUGUGAUGAGGCAUUGCUGUGAGCAAAAGGCAGCCUCUGAUUAGGGAUCUUUGGGAAGAUGGGAUACUGGUGGAGUGGUGGGUCUUACCAGCCCCACUUCUGUUUUGUGGAGAAGUUUUGGGUCUGGUCUGAAAGCUGCUACCUGCUGGCUAGUCCAGACUGCCAGAGUGUGGAAGCCACGAGCUGCAUUCCCAUCUGUUGCUACUGAAUUUCCAGAGGAUCUGGUUUUCUGGGCUUGGAAUGUCAGACCAAUGAGUUUGUUGAAGCAGGACGAGUCCUGCUGAAGAGGAGAGCUGCCAUCCAGAGAGUUCUGACAGCUGCACUGGCCUCCAUGCUGAAUGUCUUUGGGUGGGGAAGGAAGGGGGCACAUCAGUGGAAAUGGAAAGGUCUUUUUUAUCUCCCCCUCUUUUUCCUGAAGGAGGACAGUGAGAUUUGUAUCUCUCCAUCCGUUGCUCUGGCCUUUUUCCUGUUUUAAAGCCAGGAGGAAGAGCUGGAAUUUCCUGGUGCCCUCCUUUCUUUUUGCCUCCAGAUCUCCCAGUCACUGUAAAGCUGCCACAGCACAGGGACCUCAGGCCAGGCUCGGUGGCAGCUCUGCCUUUACACCACUCCCACGGCUUCCCCGCAGGCUCCCUCCCCAGGCAGUGCUCGCUGCUGCUGGAGUGGGGGGAGCCCCCUGCUCCCAGACAAGAGCAUCCUCUGCAGCUUCCUCCUUGCCUCCAGCCUGGCAUCCCUCCCCCUUUCCCUAAGAUCCAGUAUAUAGCUAUCCUUAAACACUAUGCAACUUUGUACGUUUGCGUAGCGGGGAAGAAAUUAUUAUCUGACACACACUGGUGCUAUUAAUUAUUUCAAAUUUAUGUUUUUUGUGUGAAUGUGAUUAUAUUUUUUUUCCAUUUUUUAUCAUGAUUAUAGUGUGAGGAAGUCUCUCGUGUGUGUGUAUGUGUGUGUAAAUAUACUCAGCCAGAUUUCCAGAGUGGCACAGCCUGGCCUCCUCUAUGUGCUUUCCCCUGUAGCCAUUGGGGCAGGUGCACCGUGUAUCGCUUCUCUCUGUAUCAUUCCCUUCAAACUUGGGAUUUCUCCUAGCUGGGCUCCUGCUUGUUUCCCUCCACUGUAUCCCCAGCACCCAUCCAUAACCACUUUGCCUGUCGGGUGGAUGCUUUCCAGCUCUGUCUCCAAAGCCAGCCCUGCUCCCCAUGGUGCCUGCAGCACCCAAUCCUGUGUCCCUUGUCCCCUGGGAUGCUGUGCCAGGAGUGGAGCAGGGGCUGUGGCUUUGCAGCUGAGCUGUGAGGAGCUGUAACACUGUUGGGAGACCGGACCAGCGCUGAGGUGGUCAGAGAGCUGCAUUUGGGGACAUCUUGAUACCACUGUGCAGGGCAGGAGGCUUGGUGCAGGCAGUGCUGCUGGGCAGGGGGUGUUCCCAGCAAACUCUGCAUGGCUCUUGUAUCACUUCCCUUAAUGAUUGUGGGAUUUCCCUCCUGCCUGGAAACACCUCUGGAGGAGAGCUCCCUGUGCCUGCACACACAGGGACACUGGGUCGCUCUGGGAAAAUAGCUGUGACCACAUCACCUCUGCCAAGGCUGUGAGAAGAGCAGAUGUGUGCAUGCCCUGGCUAACCUCAGGCCUUAGGUUUCCUGCUCUCUUGUGUUUUGUUUUUUUUUUUUUUUUCUUAAGCAGUUUUUAACAGAAUUUUAUUUUUAAAUAAAAAAAAAAUCUUUAUAAGCGAUCUGUUAAUCAGUACUGCAUUACAGCCAUUAUUCAUUGUAUAAGUCCAGUUAUUUCUUUACGUAAUGUGAUGAUGUGACAGCUGCUGGUGGAGUGCUGGGUGUCAUGGGUGACACGUGACAUCCCUUCAUCACCUUAUUCCUGACUGUGGCCCCCUCAGUAUGUGCCUUCACUCCAGCUUUUUUUGCCUUAAUCUGUGGUCUUGCUGUCUGGGGCGGUGAACAAAAUGCAACACUUGCAGUUUUUAUGUAUAAAACAGUAUUUCUUAUUUAUAAUAAAGUCUGAAUAUUUGUAACCCCUUA